AUGCAUUCAACGGAUUCAAUUACAAGAAAGAGCUCUGUAACAAAAAGUGCAGAAGUUAUUGCCUAUGAAGUACCUGGACAACCAGUUCAAAUCGUAUAUGACACAUGGACACCUCGACCUCAUUUUAUUAUUAUACAAAAUCAACCAAAAAAAGACGCUACUAGUGCUGAACUUCAAGCAACUUUUGAAUUAAUUAGUCAUUUCCUUUACAAAAAUUCACAAUUCGAUACACAAGCUAUACUUUCUUUCCAUUGUGGUAAAUGGUAUCAACAACAUACACCUCAAUGGCAUGCACAUUUGUGUGUACCUUACGAAGAGUAUUUAAAAGAAGCUCAAAUACAGAUCACCAAGGUUGGAAAUAAUCGAGAAUGGAAAGGUGCCAAAACAGUUGAAGAGGUCUGGUUAUCUUCUUCACCACGUAUUGGCAUCGUAGCUCAAUCUCCUUCUACUAGCAAUUUGGGGUCUCUAUACACUUUUAUGGAAAAAACUCGUAUUAAUGCUGGAAAAAAACUUUCACAACAAGAUACAAGAUUUACCAAUUUUGGAUGCCAUCUUUGCUUAUACGUUCAUGGUCAGUCAGGUACAUCUGUAACAUGUAGACAAGAUCGAAUAUUAAUGGAAAAUGGAAAAUUCGAUGACAUUAUAAAUAUGGUCGGCUACAUUCAAAUGGAUGAAUCUCAAUACGUUGAAUGGUUACCACACAAUUUAAGACAAGUAUGGCUAAAAGAAUUCCGUCGUGCUGAACAUUUCGUUCAAACAUAA